UCUUGGAAAAACAUUCAAUUUCCGGGUAGCCUUCCGAGAAACACACAAACGCUAAUUGUUUUAAAUAUGUAAUGUGAAUGAACAAGACAUUAAGCGAGGGUAAGCGACGGUUUUACUCAUUUCAGUAUAAACUCGUCUCAAUUAACUUCGAGAUUAGCUUCUCGGGCUUAGCUAGCUUAAUUUCCAAACCGCUAACAGAGACCCGGAAGUUGUCAAUGUAGCGCUCAGUAAACGGGAGAGUACAGCGUCGUGAUUGUGUGAAAGUGUUUAAAGUACAUCUAAUAAGGGCUUUGGACUAACAACGGCUGUUGAAGAAAUAUUUGUUGUGUGAAAAGAACGAAAGAAGACUACGAGGAGGACCUUUCGCCAACAAAAGAGGAGAAACAGCGAUAAGUUGACGUCGAGAAGCAUCAAGUUGUGUAACAGAGCAGCGAUAGCCAUUUUUCAGUUAUCGUCAGUGUUUCUAUUUUUAACUGAGUGUUUUUGUUGUUAUAUUGCUACAUUAUUUAUGUUGUUCUCACCAACCGCCAACCAUUUAAACAACAUAAAAUUACUCACCACUUUGAGGUUCCUCACUGCCUCAAAUAAUUGAAAUAUUGAUAUUAUAUUUUAGAGCACAAAUAUGUGGUAUUUUCUUACCCUGCCAGGAAAACAAUGAUAGUCAAUCACACAUGAAAACAAGAGUAUCACGCCAUCCAGGGCGUGUACUACAAAGCAGGAUUUCCUCUUGGUGCUUAGCUGGCUGUUUGUCGUAUUGGCAGAUGUCCAUAUUGACAUAUUUAACCUUUUUUCAAUUUUAAAACAGAUGGGCAAUUGGAGGAGGAAGUGACCUCACUGCGAGAACACGUCCUCUCUGCAUCACGCCUGAAAUGCUGUGUUUUUGGUGCAUUUUUUAGUUAUUAUAUAUUUUGUUAUAGAUAUUUUUGAUAAUAUGCCCGCUCGUUGUGUGGCAGGCUAUUGCUCAAACACUCGAGCUGACGGAGUAAGCCUGUUCGCAUUUCCAAAAGACCCCAUUCGCCGCGAGCAGUGGGCCAGCCAAGUGCUACAAACACGAGUCAAAUUUACACCGUCUGAUUCUUCGGAAUUGUGUUCAGCGCAUUUCGAGGACAGUUGUUUUGAUAAUAGGCCUCGGAUAAAGGAAAGUUUGGGACUGCCUGUGUAUUACCGAAGGGUGCUUCUACCAUCUGCUGUCCCGACUAUCUUUCCUCGACCCAAACCGGGAUCUGCCAGUGGAAACACCAGGCCUAAAGCAGAUGGCAAGACACAAAGAAAAAGCCAAAGAAACUCAACAGUGGACAAGCAUGCCCAGGUGGCUAUGCUCGGUGAACUGCCUUGUCAACAAGGGGGGGCAGCUCUGGCUCCCAAAACUGAUAAAGUGCCACCAUCAAGAACUGUUAGGACUCAACAUCAGCUAAGAGAUGUCAGUGAAGAACAACCUCCCUCUGAGCAGCAGGGGUGGAACCCCAGGAUGGAGCAGGAGCAGCCACAGCCCCCCUAUAUUAAAGAGGAAGAGGAGGCUCACAGCAUAAGUCGGGAGUCGCUUGAAGAACUGGAAGGGUUCCCGGUUAUUGCUACCCCUGUGCUGACUGAAGAUGAUCAGGCCGAAGGUCACAAACAUUUUCCUUGCACGUUGUGUGGUAAAAGAUUCUUUCACAAAUCUAGUUUAAAAACACACACAAGUGUGCACACUGGAGAGAAACCCUUUCCUUGCACGGUGUGUGGGAAAAGAUUCUAUCUCAAAGGUAGUUUAAAAACACACACAAGAGUACACACUGGAGAGAAACCUUUUCCUUGCUUGGUGUGUGGUAAAAGAUUCUCUCAAAAGUGUUCUUUAAAGAGACACAUAGAAAUACACACAGGAGAGACACCUUUUGCCUGCUCAGUUUGCGCUGAAGGAUUCACGGAGGAGUCAAAUUUGAAGGAACACAUAAAAAUACACACUGGAGAGAAACAUUUUCCUUGCUCAGUGUGUGGUCAAGGAUUCACUGCCAAGUCGCAUUUAAAAGAACACACUAAAAUACACACUGGAGAGAAACGUUUCUCUUGCACGGUGUGUGGUAAAAUCUUCUCUCAAAAGGGUGCUUUAAAGGCACACACUGUUGUACACUCAGGAGAGAAACCUUUUCUUUGUACCGUAUGUGGUAAAAGCUUCUUUCACCAGGGUAGUUUAAAAACACACACAAGACUACACACUGGAGAGAAACCUUUCCUUUGCACGCUGUGCGGUAAAAGAUUCCGUCACAGUGGUAGUUUAAAAGUACACACAAGAGUACACACUGGAGAGAAACCUUUUUCCUGCUCGGUCUGUGCUAAAAGGUUCCCUGAGAUGUCCAAUUUGAAGGAACACAUAAAAAUGCACACGGGAGAGAAACCUUUUUGCUGCACAGUUUGUGGUGAAAGUUUCCCAAGGAAGAUAUCUUUGAUAAGGCACACAAAAGCACACACUCGUUAAAAAAAGGAAAAUGUCGUCUUCAUAUAACGCUUGCACUUGUUUCUUGCUAGCUGAUUGGCCAUCCCUAAUGUAUUGUGAUACUCCUGGGUGAAAUUCACUCUGCCAUCAGUGGGUGGCGCUGGAAUCAUUAGAAAUGAUUACAUUUCAUUAUUAUAGAAAUCAAACUGUGAUAAUCCAUGCAUGUAUAUGCCUCUGAGCUUAACUUUAGUCACUCCUGGCAUGAUAUGUCCUGUUAAUGUUGAAUUUGGAGGUCAAAGAAGUUCCAAUCAUCAGAAUUGGAGCCAUAUAUGUUUAUCAAAUGUAUAUCUGAUAUCAAGGAACCUCGGACUGUUAAAUAUCUUCAGAACUUCUGUUUAUUUUUUUUCACUUGGAAUGGAAUUGUGGCUUGAGAGUCAACCCCCCUCCCCCCAGCUGGAGAAGUAAAAGAUGUUGAAAACACCA